AUGCAGUUCAAGACACUCCUCCCAUUUUUCGUCGCGCCGGCCAUCGGCCAUCUGCUACAACGCGACGUGACAGGUGUGGUCAGCACUAUAUCAAAAAUAACUGACCAGCUCAAGACCAUGAAUACGACACUCGACAAGAUCCAGGGCCCCAACGACGCUCAAGCAGCUGUGGACUUUCAAAACCAGGCCAUGGAGCUGCAGACUGAGCUUCAGACAGCCACGGACUCUGUCAAGAAUUCGACGGCCUUCAGUGACCAGGAUUCGUCCACUAUUGCCUACUCCGUUGUCGGAAUUACUGAUGUUACAUACGCGGUGCUUGGGAAGGUGACGGCGAAGCGGGACGUUUUCGAUCAACUGGGCGGGAGCGCUAUUACUGAUUUUGUGCGGGAUGAGUUGCAAGGUCUUCAAAACACCACGGAUGCGUUCGCGGCAGCAUUGACAGGCAAAUUUGUCAAGACUGUUCAGGAUGUUGCGCCCCUUCUUGUCUCGGCGCUGGACUUUCAUUUUUAUCAGACCAUUCAAGUCUAUGUGAAAUAG